CUCACCUUGCCCUUCUUCGCGAGGGCUGACGUAGUGUGUUCCCUGUUGAUAGGCUGGCAUACGCCACUCUGGACGCAUCCCUGCUCAACUCUCGCAACCUCGAAAAUCAACGCGCUCACCUUGUAAUUCAGCCUCAUUCUAUAUCAUCGCUCUCUACCGCUGUUGCACACCAUGUCUGCUACUCACCCCCCGCUAGCCACCAGAACCUCUAUCGCUGUAAUUCGCGCUCUCCCACUUGAUCUCUCUCUUCGGCGAACCGGCCUCGGCGAUGGCACUUGAUUGGAGCCUCCCUGCUCAGCCUGAUGAGUUCGACGACCUGUUCAACUUCGACGCUUUCGGAGGCCCCCAAUGUUUCGCAAAUGAAAACUCAUAUGUACCACCAUCCUGGUUCGAUGGGACCGUGAGCAUACCCGAUGGCAUCUCUGGAUUGGACGACUUGAGCAUUCCGGAACUCGAAGAAUCCACUUGUCCAGUCUACCCUCUUCAGAUUGACAGCCAGCAGGAUUUAUUCAGUAAUGAUGGACUGCCAUGCCCCCAGUCUUCGGCCUCAGAUCUCUUCUCCGAUCCGACUAACAUCCUCGUUCCUUCUCAAGAUGUCUCUUCAUUCCAUCCUGCCAUACACAAUGCACUCGACCCUGUAGAUACAAGGAACUUUCCCACAGAAGAUGACAUAACGGAGGCGAAAUGCGUUAAUGAUCGUGUCGAAAAGAAACCAGAACGACCUACGACAACAGCCAAACGCCGCGGAACCUUUCAAGAAGAGAGCAAAACUGGAGGAAAGUCGAAGCAUCGACGAACAAAAAUCUCUCCUGCUGCAAGGAAUAUGCUGGAACAAGAAUUCCUGCUUGAUCCAUACCCUAGCGACCAUAUCGCCGCGGUUCUAUCAAGUAGGACAGGGCUCGACACACGCGCGAUUAAGAACUGGUUUUCUAAUGCAAGGUCGCGCAAGAAUGCGCCUGAACAAGUGAGACCCUCUGAGAGGCAGAAUAGCGACCUUCAUACAAUGGAUAUUGGUGGUAUCAUCCGAGAUGUGUCCCCAGUGAGCAACGUUUCAGCCGCCAAUCUCGACGCGCUCGAUAGAGUUUCACCCACGCCCAGUAGUUCUUCACUCGAGAGAUACCUCGCAACGCCAGCAAGCGAAGAGGCCCUUCCAUUUGGCGCGCUAGGGUCCCACAUCAGGACUUUUGGACUAGAUGUUUCUCAGACGAGUCGACUCUUUAGCGAUACCUUUUCUCCCAUGCGGGCUUUCAGCACAGCUGGCUCUGAAAGCUCAGCUGGCUCCGCUAUUAGCAUACAAAGCUGGAGCAGUCGAAUAUCGAUCGACUCAAGAGGCUCACGUCGAGGAAGAAAACGGUGGACGCGUCCUUCCGUAAAGUCGGAGUUAUUACAGCCUGCAGAGUUAUUACCACCCAUUUCUGAUAUAGAGCGUCUUUACCAGGACCAGACGAUUGAGUCCGUUGAGAUGUGUCCGCCUCCCCCGAAGCGUCGUGCUAUAGACCCAGACAUCUCUAAGCGCAAGUCUCCGAUGAAGUUGUAUAUCAAUCCAGUGCCUGAAGAAACCAACCUACCGGAAUCAUGUCCCGCAUACUUCUGUACCUGGCCGAACUGUUCCAUCACAUUCCAACAUCGCUUUGAGUGGGUCCGCCACGAGGAAGCAGUGCACUAUAACCCGUAUCAUUGGGUAUGUUGUUCAGAUCGAACCCAUGAUGUCAAACUCCCAGAGUGCUACAUUUGCGGACGACAGAACGACGUCACUAUAGGACAUAUAGUUCAAGACCACUUUCCCAGCUGCGUCGAUAAGCCUCAACCCAAGCGUACGUUUCUGAGGCAAGACCAGCUUGCACAACAUAUCAAAAGAGUACAUCUGAAACUAGAUGGAGUAACCCAAACUGUACCGAAGUGGCUUCUUGAAAUUUGGAAAUCCGAUAACCCCCAACUCCGGAGCUCGCCUUUCUUACUUCGCUGCGGCUUCUGUGGUACAUCUUGCUCGAACUGGGCCGAACGGGAAGAGCACGUGGCCAAGCAUCUUAAAGAUCGUACAUGUAAACUCUCGUGGUGGCCAGAUCGAGCACCUGCUCCUACAGCUCUGGUAAGAGGGAACAGAAAAUUCGCAUGUCCCACUUGUGGUUUAGAAUUCAUAAGUGCUACGGUUGCAGCGCAGCUACACCCCAAAUGCGAAUCCUGGUCCUGUCGAUAUCUACACGACAUGCAUUCAUCCUUCGAGACUUCCCGCUCUGCAUUCGAAGUCCUACGGUCUGAGUGCAGACUUUGCGACUUUGAAGUAGGCGGCGUUGACAAGGAAGAUGCCGUGUACAUUGACUUUCUUACAAGCCACGCGGAAUCACAUGCAUUGCGAACAUGCGACCAGAAAAUUUUCCUCGACUGGGACAAGUUUACUCACCACCUUCACAUUCAUCAUAGAGCGUCAUAUUCAAGAAUCCUCGUGCAGGAGCAACCGCUGUUGGCUUGGGGAUCAGUGCAAUAUCUGGAACGGUAUGGAACGCAGAUCUUGAUGCGGACUUUACGGAUGUUGGAGGAGAAUGAUAUAUGUCCGUCUAGGCAGCAUGGAUACACGACUGAGGUCGUUGGAGAACUCGAUUUCUAAGAGGUUGUCGGGCGUGAUAGGAUAGUCAGUGCGCCGACUUCCAGGAUGGACAUGACAGUAGGCGCAGCUCCUAAGCCCGUGAGUCGAUUCAUUUACUGGGAAACUAAGAGUAGUCUAAUUCAGUCGAUGAGGAAUCUCUUC